AAAAUUCACGAAAUUUAUUCAGGGACGGUGAGUUAGAGAUGGCGGGAAUUUGUGGUCCAAAUUCGAUUCCACAUCUCCACCGGAGGACCACUCAAUCAACGUUGAAUUUACGCAGAACCGACGCCGGAGCACGGUGUUGCUCAGUUUCACCGGAAACCCAAAAUAAAACCAAAACUCCGCCGCUUUUAAGAUUAGCAGUGAGUGGUGUCACCGAGUUGCUCAGACUCUUUUCUCCAUCCACCCAAGACAACAGAGCUGAUUAUCAACUGAAUACUGGAGAUACAGAAGGAGUUUCAGUGUCUGAUGUAGCUGAUGUUUUAAGAAUCCUUAAAGCCGAUUAUGAGAAUUAUUACUUUGUUACAGGAAAUUUCACUUCUGCAAUUUAUGCUGAAGAUUGCAUCUUUGAAGAUCCAACUAUUAAAUUCCGAGGUAAGGAGUUGUAUUCUCGCAACCUGAAACUGCUUGUUCCUUUCUUUGACAGCCCUUCAAUUGGAUUGCAAAAGAUUGAGAAGGGCGCCAACAUGGAAACAAAUUUUGUGCUCGCAACUUGGAGAUUAAGAACCUACCUGAAGCUUCCAUGGAGGCCACUUAUAUCAAUUGAUGGAAGCACUUUCUAUGAAUUGGAUGAGAAGCUUAAAAUUGUUAGACAUGCUGAGAGUUGGGAUGUCACUGCACUUGAAGCAGUUGGUCAGAUAUUCACCCCUAGUAGUGGAAGGGCAAAUGAUUGAGCAUAAUAUAUAUGACCAUAAGAAAUCAAGUUACUAUAUGUAAGUAUGCAGCCACAUUUAAAUUACAAAUUGCAUAAUAUAAUCACCCAUAGUAUUGGAAUUUUGGGGUUGACUUUGAUUGUGAGGCCA